UUCAAAAAUAAGAAACGCAACAAUGUUACACAAAGCAAACUCAAAAAAAGUCAUAAUGUUUAAGAGUAAUUAACUGUAAUUAAAAAAUGGUGGUUUAGAUUCUGCAGCUUUCAAACAAAUGAUUCAAAUGAACUAAGUUUAAUUUGGUGUAAAACUUGCCGAGAACAUUCAGUGCUUUUGAACAACUAUUGUAGCAAAAGUAAAUUCUAAUUCCCUUUAGAGGUUAGAACAACCGGAUGUAAACUGUAAAGAGGAGCAAUGGUUUUCAGCACAGGAAGCUUCAAAAUUUAAACCAAUGCAUAUUACUGGCAUUGAAGGAGUCGAGGAUAUGAUUCGACUUGGAGAAUUAAAUGAAGCUGGAAUACUGCAUAAUUUAUUAAAAAGAUACUAUGAAAACAAUAUUUAUACAUACACUGGUUCUAUCCUGGUUGCUGUAAAUCCAUACCAAGUGUAUCCUAUUUAUGAUGCAAAUUAUAUUAAAAAGUACCAGGGAAGAAAAAUUGGAGAUCUUCCUCCUCAUAUUUUUGCAAUUGCUGAUGGCUCUUAUUAUUAUAUGCGAAGAGAAAAACAAGAUCAAUGUAUCAUCAUCAGUGGCGAAUCUGGAGCAGGUAAAACAGAAUCAACAAAAUUAAUUUUACAAUAUCUUGCAACAAUUAGCGGUCAACAUUCUUGGAUCGAACAACAAAUUUUAGAAGCUAAUCCCAUACUUGAAGCAUUUGGGAACGCAAAGACUAUCAGAAAUGAUAAUUCAAGUCGUUUUGGUAAAUACAUAGAUGUUCAUUUUAAUAUUAAUGGUUUCAUAGAAGGAGCAAAAAUUGAUCAGUAUUUGCUAGAAAAAUCAAGGAUUGUUGGACAAAUGAAAGAUGAGCGUAAUUAUCACAUCUUUUAUUAUAUGCUACUUGGUAUUUCGCCAGCAGAAAAACAAAAGCUUCUUCUUACUCGGGCUGAAGAUUAUGCUUAUCUGAAUCGUGGUGGUUGCCUUACAUGUGAUGGUAUUGAUGAUGCUGAAGAAUUUGGAACCAUUCGUGGUGCUAUGAAAGUCCUUUUGUUUACAGACAAUGAAUCAUGGCAUAUAUUUAAACUUUUGGCUGGUGUUCUUCAUUUAGGAAAUAUAACUUUCAAGACGCUGAAAGAUUCAUCAUUAGACGCAUCUGAUGUAAUUAACAUGUCUGCUCUAAAUGCUGCUGCUUCAAUGUUAGAGGUUCCUCCAUUAAAGUUAAAGAAAGUUUUAACCAAUAAAUCAACAUUUGCAAAAGGAGAAGUAAUAAUAUCUCCAAUUCAAGCUGAUCAUGCUUCUGAUGUGCGAGAUGCUUUUGCAAAAGGAAUUUAUGGCAGAAUAUUUAUUUGGAUUGUAGGAAAAAUUAACCAAGCAGUCUACACUCCUUUGGGCAAUCAAAAGCGACUUUCAAUUGGUGUUUUGGAUAUUUUUGGAUUUGAAAGUUUUGAUAAUAACAGUUUUGAACAGCUUUGUAUUAAUUUUUGCAAUGAAAAUCUUCAGCAGUUUUUUGUUCAACAUAUAUUUAAGCUAGAACAGCUUGAAUAUGACAAUGAAGCCAUACAAUGGCAUCAUAUUCAGUUCACAGAUAAUCAGGAAACAUUAGACAUGCUAGCUCAGAAACCUAUGAAUGUUCUUGCUCUUAUUGAUGAGGAAUGCACAUUUCCAAAGAGUACAGAUGAAACUAUGUUAAAUAAGUUAAUCCAAAAUCACAAUAAGCAUCCUUCAUUUCUUGUUCACAAGUCAAGUGCUGCUAGGAUGUUUGGAAUUGUUCAUUUUGCUGGCUCAGUAUUUUACAAUGCUAAAGGCAUCCUUGAAAAAAAUCGAGAUACCUUUAGUGCUGAUUUAAACCAGGUAAUAGCUGAAAGUGGCUCCAAAUUUUUGCUUCACCUAUUUGAUAAAGAACUGAAAAUGGGUGAAGAAACACGAAAACGAUCGCCAACUCUAGGAAAUCAAUUUAAGAAGUCACUAGACUUGUUAAUGUUGACUCUAAAUCAAUGUCACCCAUUUUUUGUGCGAUGCAUAAAACCAAACGACUUUAAAAAACCGUUGAUGUUUGAUAGAGAGUUAUGUGUCAGACAGUUAAGAUACUCAGGAAUGAUGGAGACGAUUCGGAUAAGACGUGCUGGUUAUCCAAUUCGCCAUACUUUUGAAGCAUUUGUAAAUCGAUAUUACAUGCUUGUAAGAAACAUUAGAACUUUACAAAAUAACCUCAAGGAAGCUUCACGUGUUAUUGCUGCUAAUGCUCUUUCUGAUGGAGAUUGGCAAUUAGGUCGCACAAAAGUAUUCUUAAAGGAUUUACAAGACCAAGAAUUGGAGUUGAAGCGUGAAUAUGUAAUAACAGCAAGCGUUACACUAAUUCAAAAAACUUUCCGUGGAACUUUACAAAGAAAAAAAUAUUUAAAACUUCGCAGCAGCUGCAUUGUUAUUCAGAAGCAUUGGCGAGCUUUAUUAGGAAAAAUUAGAUAUCGCAAGAUGUGUUAUGGAUUUGAAAGAUUACAAGCAAUGGUUAAAAGUAAAAAAAUAGCGGCAUCAUAUAAAGCAACUCGAUUAAAAAUAAUUGAAUUUCAAUCUUUAUGUCGUGGUUAUUUAGCACGUAGAGAAUACAAGAUCAAACUAGGUGCUGUUAUUACAAUUCAAUCUGGAUUCAGAAUGCUCCUUGCAAAAAAAACUCGUUUGAGGUUACAAUAUGAAUUAAUGAUUAAAAAAGAAUCUGAAAAAGUAAGAAGAGAAGAAGAGGCUCGACUUCGACUUAAACUUGGAUCUCAAGAAGCUGCAUUGCAAGCAGAGAGGGCUGCUCAGGAACGUGCAUUGAUUUUGAAGAAGCAAUUAGAGCAAGAAAUGAUAAAGGAGAAAGAGGCUUUAGAAGUAAAGAAAAAUGUCAUUAACCAAGCAGAGGAGCGUGCAAGAAACAAAAAGGAAGUUGAUAUUGAUGAUUCAGAAGUAGUAGAUCAAAUUUUUGGAUUUCUUCCUGGUAGUGAUAGCAAGCAGGUAGGGCAAGCUCCAACAGCAUUCGGAAAUCUUGCUGUACCUCAAGAUCAGUUCCACUUUAGUGAAAGUGAUGUCAUAACUUCAGUUGAAAAAACUGAAGAUUUGCAUGAAUAUACUUUCAAAAAAUUUGCUACUAUGUAUUUUUCUGGUCAAAAUACAUAUGAGUUUCAAACAAAAGCAUUGGAAAAACCAUUACUGAUGCAUGAAGAAAAGGCUGAUCAACUGGCAGCAUUAGCAGUGUGGAUUACCAUACUGCGAUUUAUGGGAGAUAUGCAAGAUCCAAAGUAUGGAAGCAAAUAUGAUAAUACACCUGUGAUGAAUAAAAUAUAUGAUACUGUUGGUCGACUUGGAACAAAUCGGGGAAAUCUUCAACAUCUUGGUGUAGCUUCAAGUGAAGAAAAUGCUAAAAAUGGUGUCAAGCGAGAAACUUUAAGAAGAAGAAUUGCUUCAAUGACUUUAAAGAAAAAAUCCAAGAUCACAAAAGAAGUAGCCAACCGUUUAUCAGAGAAUGGUGAUCAGAAUCUUGAUAAUAUGGCUGCACUUCAACCUGAAGAUAGACCUACUACUAACCUGGAUAAGCUUCAUUUUAUUGUUGGUCAUGCAAUUGUAAGACCAGAUCUAAGGGAUGAAAUUUAUUGUCAACUUUGUAAGCAGUUAACAAAAAGUCAAAAUAAAUCAAGUUAUACAAGAGGCUGGGUCUUGUUGUCAUUGUGUUUAGGAUGUUUUGCUCCAUCAGAAAUUUUUUCCAAAUACUUAUUGAACUUUAUUGAAAAUGGUCCUGAAUCUACUAGAAAAUAUUGUGCUAAACGACUUCAACGAACUAUGCAAAAUGGAACACGUUCUCAACCACCAAGUUGGCUAGAGCUGCAGGCAGUCAAGUUUAAGAGGUUUCUAAUGCUUCCAAUUACAUUUAUGGAUGGAAAUACAAAAACUCUUCUUGCUGAUUCUGCAACCACAUCAAAAGAGCUAUGUGAAGAACUAGCUUGCAAGAUUGGGCUUCAAGAUCAGUUUGGCUUCUCUUUAUAUAUUGCACUUUUUGAUAAGGUUUCGAGUCUUGGAAGUGGAAAUGAUCAUGUCAUGGAUGCGAUUUCACAAUGUGAGCAGUAUGCUAAAGAACAAGGUGCCAAAGAGCAAAACGCUCCAUGGAGGUUGUUUUUUAGGAAAGAGAUCUUUUCACCGUGGCACAAUCCAAUUAUUGACAUUGUUGGUACAAAUCUUAUUUAUCAACAAAUUUGUCGUGGUGUCAAAUUUGGUGAAUACAAGUAUAAUGUGAGAGAAAAUUAUGCAGAUAUUGCAUCUCAACAAUACUAUAUUGAAUACACAAAAGAAUUCAAGCGAGAACGAGUACUUGAACUUCUUCCAUCUUAUAUUCCUGAUCACAUGCUUGCACCAAAAUCAAAGGAAUCAUGGUUAAGCCUAAUACAAAACUAUCAUUCUCAGUUAGUUAAGCGUGUUAAUGAAAGAUAUAACAAGAUAAUGGCUGGAAUAAAAGAAGGAAGUAUAUCACCAUAUCACCUUGAAAAAGAAGGUGACCCACGUGACCCAAAAUCUAUAAAAGAAGAUAUAGUGCUUCAUGCAAAGUUUCGAUGGCCUUUAUUAUUUUCACGGUUUUAUGAAGCUCGUCGCUUUUCUGGACCAGUUCUUCCUCGAGAUGAUGUUAUUAUAGCUGUAAACUGGAUUGGUGUUUAUAUUGUUGAUUCGGAGGAGAGAGUUUUGGUUGAGUGCUCUUUUCCUGAACUUUUUGCAGUAACAAGUGGAGGUGAAAAAUCUCCAGGUGGUCAAAGUUUUACUUUAUCAACAGUGAAAGGUUUAGAAUAUACAUUUACUUCAGCAAAUUCUGAAGACAUUCAAGAGUUGAUUACCUACUUUUUAGACGGUUUAAAAGAGAGAUCAAAAUAUGUUGUAGCAAUUCGCGAGAAUCCAACAAAUGAUAAAAAUAUUUUGAGUAUGAAACGUGGAGAUCUUAUUAUUUUGGAAAAUGGAAAUGGAACAAAUGUUUUGAACUCCACAUGGUGUACAGGACUUAAUGAAAAAACGGGAAAGAGAGGUGAUUUCCAAACAGAAAAUGUCUAUAUUCUUCCAACUUUAGAUCAUCCAUCUGUUGAAAUUUUGGAUCUGUUCCUUGCUCAACCAACUCCAGAAUCAACAAUUUCAGAAACAAUAUUUUCUGAAUUAGGUGAUAUUCCAGAAACUCCUCACACUUUAGAAUUGUAUGCUGAGCUUAAUUUUAACCCACCACCUAAAAGAACUUUAACAAAAACAUUACAGAAAUCUUUGAGAAAUAUGAAAAGUGAUUCUUUGUGGCUUUUCUCAAGAGAACAAAUAAAGCAGCCGCUACUUAAACGUUUGAACAAUGAUGAAGAAUUAUCAAAGAAAGCUGUUGAAAUGUUUUAUUCUAUUAUGAAGUACAUGGAGGACCAGCCAGCUAAACUAACUAGAAGAAACACUGAUCUUACUGAUCUAAUUAUAGAACCUGCAAUUCUUAAUGAACCACUUAGGGAUGAACUUUAUUGUCAAGUUAUCAAGCAAUUAACAGAAAAUCCCCAUCGACUAAGUGAAGAGAAAGGCUGGGAACUACUGUGGCUGUUAACUGGAUGUGUAUCUUGCAGUUCUUCAUUACAAGAAAAUGUUAAACAAUUUUUGAAAUCAAAAAGUAGAACAUGGGGAAUUGCAACUGAUUGCUACUUACGCUUGCAAAAAACAAUCAGACAAGGUCCAAGAAAAUAUCCUCCUCAUCUUGUUGAAGUUGAAGCAGUUCAGGGAAAAACUGUUCGCAUUUUUCAUAAAGUUUAUUUUCCUGAUGACAGCAACAAACCCUUUGAAGUUGAAUCAAGUACACGUGCAAAAGACUUUUGUGAAAUUAUAGCAAUGGCUUUAAAUCUGCGUUCUGCAGACGGUUUCAGUUUGUUUGUUAAGAUUGCUGAUAAAGUUAUUAGUGUUCCAGAAUCUGAUUUUUUCUUUGAUUUUGUUCGCCAUCUAAUUGACUGGAUAAAAAAAGCAAAACCAAGUCCAAUGAGAGAUGGAUCAACUCCAUUAAACUUAAGUUAUCAAGUAUUUUUUAUGAAAAAACUGUGGACAACUACAGUAAUUGGCAAAGAUACACGUGCUGAUGAAAUUUUUCAUUAUUAUCAGGAAUUGCCAAAGUUACUUCGAGGGUACCACAAACUUUCUGUAGAUGAAGCUAUAGAGUUAGCUGCUUUACAAUUUAAAGUACGUCAUGGUGAUGAUGAAAAACAGUUUCAAAGUUUGACGCAUAAUCUAUCAAGCUUCAUUCCACAUGAUAUGUUAUCUUCGGUUGAACCAGAACAAGUGUGGAUUAAGAGUAUAGAAGCCCAGUACCAACAAUUACGUGAUGUUGAUAAAGAAGAAUGCAAAGCACGUUUCUUAAGAAUACUUGCAAAGAAACCUACUUUUGGUUCUGCUUUUUUUGAAGUCAAGCAAACCACAGAUAUACAUUUUCCUUCUCAAAUGUUAAUUGCAAUUAAUAAAAAUGGAGUGAAUCUUAUUGACCCGAGUACAAAGGAGUUUCUCAUUACUUAUCCAUAUACAAAGAUCAGCAACUGGAGUAGUGGAAGUACGUAUUUUCAUAUGACCAUCGGUAACUUGGUUAAAGGAACAAAAUUACUGUGUGAGACAAACUUGGGCUAUAAAAUGGAUGAUCUUAUGACAUCAUACAUUUCAAAAAUGGUCUCAAAUAUCAACAAGAACAAGACGAUGAAUGGAAAAGGAACGAUUUCAUUUAAACGCUAAAUUGUUUAAAGUUUUUCAACGUGUUACAUUUUAACGUUAAAUGCUAAAUCAAAUAAACUGAGAAUCACAACCGAGAUAAGUUACGAUGAAUCACAGCCGGGAUGAGUUAAGUUGAAUCGCAACCGAGAUAAGUUAAGAUGAAUCACAGCCGAGUUGAAUUGAGUUCUUUUAAUUUAAGUUUAUUUUUAUCUAUAGUGAAGGAAUUUAGUGUGAUUUUUUUUAACGAAAAAAUAUUUAUAUGUCAGCACAUUUA